GGGCCGGGGCCGGGGGCGGCGCGGCCGCGCGGAGCCCGCCACGCCGCGGCGGCGGGAGCGCGUGCCGCUGCGCCGGCCGUUACUGCGGCCGCGCGCCCAACGGCCGCCGCGCGGUCCGAGCGGCCCCUCCGCGGGACGGCGGCUCUCCCGCAGGCGGCAGCUGCGCUCCUGCGCCGCAGCGCUGCCCCGUGGCCUCAGCGUGGCUUCUCGGCGCUGCCGUUGGACGCGGAGCUUUGUUUUUGUUUCUGAACGUAGUUUUUACAAACUUGACCAGUUUUUCUUUCUUUCACGGUCUGAGCUCUGAGUUACAAAGGGCCCCUGUGUCGGGCCAGCCCGUCCCCCGCAGGGCUGCCUGCCCGGCCCCGGCUGCUCACGCGCGAAGGCUCUGGCCGCGCGGUGCUAUCAGGGCUUGGCAGGCGUGGGGACGGCGGGUGCUAACGGGUGAGGAGUUUACAGACCUGCUAUAAAGAUACCUCUCACAAGCCGUGAGAGAUAAACAGGGACACUAGUGCGGCAGAGCCGGCGCGAAGAAAAUGUGGGCUAGGGGCACGCUGAAUGAGAAAGGCCUGAGGCUGAGCUGCACGCCAGUGCUUGGGGCGCGCUCUCCGGGGCAAUGACCCCCUUUAGCUCCCGUUGGAUUCACCGAGUGCUGCAAAUGUGAAACAGAUAUUGUCCAGUUUCCUACAUGGACUCUGGCCCAGAUGUGUAGAAGUAUUUGGGCAUGGUUCUGUGCAGUGUUGCAAGACCUAUCAAAUUUAGGCGGUUUAGUUACACGAGAGACCAGAAGCAGGAAGCUGGCUGCCCGAGUGAGAAGAGAGGCCCGGGCAGUGCUGCAUGCAGGCGGAAGCGGGAAGGAUGCACCCUCGACUCCCCAAACCACGCACCAAACCAGAAGAAUUGAGAAGAAAUGAGGGAAACUCCCUGCAGCUGCCCUUGCUCCGCUCAGGACCGGCGCAGAAGCGAGGUGUGAACCUGGUAGGCUGCGUUCUGGGCAGCCUGUCGUGGCUGUGUGAGGGCUCGUGUGCUUUAUUGUGUAUAUUCCCAUCAGGGAUCAUCUGUCCUGGGACAGCUGUGAUUUAAAUCUACGUGACACCAAUGACACCAAAACAUUAGAUGUUAACAGUGCCAUGGCUGCCUUGUGCGAUACGACAUGGCCCAAUUUAGGAUACCCCAGGCAAGUCCCACUGUGCCCCGUUUCCCUCUCUGCGGCACUAGGGCCGUCUGCAGAACCUCUCAGCCCUGCCAGGAGCAAAGCAAAGUGACGGGAGGCAGACGAGGCUCUCACUUUCCCCAGCAACGCACUGAAGCUGCUGUGUCGAGAGGUCACGGGAAGUCCGUGGGUGCUCGGAGGAGGAGGGGUGAAGAAAGCUUUGUUCUGGGUUGGAUGUUUUCCACCUUCACCUGAGACAGGGAGGAGAAGAAGUCCCACACGCCUACCGCUGCUUUGCGCUGAAGCCUCUGUCACGGGCUGUUUCUCUCCGACCAAGUAUUUCUCCCUGCAUGCAUCUCCCUUUCCAACCUGACGGCAAGGCAGGGGCUGGUAACAGGAGAGCGACCCUCAGUCCUGGCUUCUGGAGGCACUCUGCUGAUCUAGUACACACAAGAUUGGUCUCUGAACAAAAUGAAUUUCAUUACAAGGCUUUCUGCUUUAUGUCUGAGGAAAAGCAAGAUGCCGCAGAGGUACCGGAGUAGUAGACGACCAGCUGUUCCACUUGGAUCACGGAUUUUGACUGAUCCUUCUAAGGUUUUUGAGCAUAACAUGUGGGACCACAUGCAGUGGUCACAAGAAGAAGAGCAGCGUGCCAAGGACAAAGCAGCAGAGAACUCACUUGUGAAAGUCCAAUUGGAAGACCAAGAUAAAUAUGAGAGAGAAGCCAGCAAAUACUGGAAUGAAUUUUAUAAGACUCAUAAAAAUAACUUUUUCAAGGAUCGCAAUUGGCUGUUUCUGGAGUUCCCUGAAAUUCUUCCAGAAAAAAAGAGAGAACAGUUGAAAACAGAGGAAAAAUCUUCAGAACCCAUAAAAAUAAAUAGUACCAGCAGUUUUCCUCACCAGGAUUUUCCUGGAAUGUUUGAGGAAGGAAAAGAUUACUGGAAGAAUAAUUAUGGGGAAGACUCUUCUUCUGUACAAGGACAAAUAUAUAACAAAAAGCAAGCAAAAUCUAUAACUGACAGUCCUCAGGGUAAAAACUGUAGAGAACAACUUGGCAAGCUAGAAUCCUUCCCUGGUAGUGGUGCUGCUUACAGAAUAUUAGAGGUUGGUUGUGGUGCUGGAAAUAGUGUCUUUCCUAUUUUGAAAGUUCUAUGCAAUACACCUGGUACCUUUCUAUACUGUUGUGAUUUUGCUUCAGGAGCAGUGGAGCUGGUAAAGUCACAUUCGUCCUACAAUUCAGCCUGGUGUUUUGCCUUUGUUCAUGAUGUGUGUGAUGAUGCUUUACCCUAUCCUUUUCCUGAUGAGAUCCUGGAUGUCAUUCUCCUUGUCUUUGUGCUCUCUGCUAUUCAUCCUGACAGGAUGCAAAGGGUUGUAAAUGGAUUGGCUAAACUACUGAAACCUGGAGGAAUGUUGUUAUUUCGAGACUAUGGAAGAUAUGAUACAUCUCAACUUCGUUUUAAAAAAGGUCAUUGCUUGUCAGAAAAUUUUUAUGUACGAGGAGAUGGCACCAGAGUUUAUUUCUUUACCAAAGAUGAGGUAUGGAACAUGUUCAACUUGGCUGGAUUAACUGAAGUACAGAAUUUAGUUGAUCGGCGAUUACAAGUCAACAGGAAGAAAAAAGUCAAAAUGCAGCGAGUCUGGAUACAGAGCAAGUUCCAAAAACCAUUGCUGCUAUCUCUGAGUAAUCCUGAAGAAACAACCAAAAGGCACCCUUAUGGCUAAAUAUACCAUAAACUCCAGAAACUGAAGCAAAUUUGAGUACAUAUAUUCCCUAUAAAUCUUGUAUUAGCCACUGAAAAGGAGAAAAAUAUUGAACUGAAAACCCUUCCUUGAUGUUUUGUAAAUGUAUAUAUUUGAAAAUGAUCUGGAAAAAAUUGCCUGACUUCUGCUUUAUAUAUAGUAAAGGGAUAUGCAUUAAUCUACUCAUAACUGUGACUUUGAACUAUUUUACUUCAUUGAAUGUGAAUACUCAGUAAAUAUGAACAUGUAUCCAGUUCCUGUUGAAAUUCACAAUGUGUUAAAAGGUAUUGGACUGGGUAGAAUUCUUUCAGAGGUUUAGAGAAUGAGAAUAUCUGUUCUCACUGUCACUACAAGGCCUGCUGUCUUAAUUUCUGAGUCAUGUCUCCUUUAACCACUGUAUCUUGCAACUGUAUUUCCUCUGUUGGAGGAAAUUUCUUGGUGCAUAAACAAUGAAUCAUUACCUCGAACAUUCAUCAGAAGGAAGGUUCUGACAGAAUCUCUUUGAUUUGCAUGAAACUUAUAUACCUUAUGCAGUUAGUAUGAAAUAAUAUGCGGUUCAUAGGUACCAGAUUAGUCAGUGAUUGCCAUCCUCCACUGUGACUGGCUUAUUUCUCUGAAGUCUCCACUUUCCAUCUAAGUGCUCAUAACAAACGUGCCAAACUCAAGUGUAUGUAACAGCUAACACAUACAUUAUGUUUAAAGUACCCUAAGUUGCUAGUUGAGCAUCAUAUCAUGUAGGAAAGGAUCACCAAAAUGCCAAAACAGUGCCUAAACCAAAUGGUUCACUAUUUGCCUGGAUGAAUAGAAAUAUUAUUUUUAUGAUACAUAUCAGAGACAUUAGAGGGAGGAUCAAAAAGGGUAAUCCAGUGUACUUAUUAGGAUUAUUAUGGGAUAGCGUAAUCAACACUAAAAUGGCUGUAUACAUGGUGGCUGAGAUAUUUUUGGUGUUUACAGAGAGAAGUGGGUUUCUCAGGUCUUGAGUUUUAGAAACGAGACACCAUGAUCUUCUAUUGAUGCUAUGGAGAGACAGUAAAAAGACAAGAAUGCACUAAUACUUGAAGUGCUUUUAAAGAGAAAACCAAAAUGCAAACAUUGUUUUCAGAGGUAGACCAUAAUACUGACACAGUUGAGCUAGUAUUAAAACAUGCCCUAUCUGCUUAUUUAAGUCUAAUUUUACAAUCACUUAACCACAAGGAAGAGAGGACAAGAAACAGGUGUCUGUUACCUUAAUAAGGAUAUAGAACACAUACAAUUUAGAGCAUGCAGUUUUGAGGGUCAUUAAUAUAGUGACAAUCUCAGAAUCUGUUUUCUGUUAAUCUGAAGGGUAAGCAUGUCACAAUUGACAACCCAUUUUUUUUGCCAAUUGUUAGCUACUAAGCUAAGUAUAACUGGUUGUCUUCUAGAAGGAAAAAAAAUCAGUAUUUGAAUGCCUAAGUAUCUUCAUCACCUUUGACAGAAUGAAGGACCUGCUUAUUUUCCAUAAUAUCAAAUACCUUUCAUGAAUUCAGGUGCAAUAAGAGGUCCUUGAAGGUAGGAUCUAAUCCUGUGUUUCUUGUAUUUUCUAAAUUUCCACUAGAGUAAGAUACUGUUUUAUGAAUUAAAUGGCUUAGGAAGCUUUGUGGUAUAAAUCAGAUUAAAGGUUAAAAUACAACAGUGUUCUUUCAAGCCGUAAGUUUUAGGACACUGUAGAGUCUGCAGGGGAAAUGUAAAUAAAUAUCUGCUUAUAUUUUAAGGAAGUUGCUACCCUGUGCUGUUAAGUGUGCUUUUUGGUAUGCAUAGCUCUGAGUCUAAUACAAAGCAUUUUCAGCUGUAUAAUUUUGCCAGGAGUUGGUGGUGGUAAGCUCUGGAGUACUGUAAAAUCUUAUCCAUGUGUGUGAUGUAGAUUUUCCAUAAUAAAAUAAAAUCCUGUUUGCUUUGACUCUCA